AUGGCCUCUGAAGCCUCGUCUUCGACCGCGCAGCCUGCGCCAGCGCCAGAGGCCACUUCCGACCACCUGUCCGUAAACCUUCAGAUCCUGUCACCAUCAACCGCUGCGAACUCCAGCCGGCCCCUGGUAUUCCCGGAUCUCCCAGCCUCCACGACUGUUCGACAGAUCAAGGAGAAGAUUCGCCAGGCUUUGCCUCUAAAGCCGACCGACGCCCAGCAACGAUUGAUCUACAGGGGACGGCCCCUGCAGCAGGACGGGGACAUUCUCCUGAACAUCAUCGGCGAGGAAGUCAUUCGCAACACCGACCAACAAACCAUCCACCUUGUCCUUCGAGAUGUCGCGGAGACGCACCGCUCAACAACACCGACCCCGGCUCUUGCCCGUGGUACGAGUCCGGCGCCGCCACCAGUCGCCCAGUUCCACGUCCCAGUGAACCCCGGCGUCCAGCAUCACCACGUGCAUCACCAUGGCAGUCAGCCCACAGCGGCAGCCUUCACCAGGAGGACUCCAUUGCACCCAACGUCGAACCCCCUGCCGUUCCCAACGCCGUCGCAGAUACCCUCAAACCUGUCUUUGCAACAAAUUCAGCAGAUGCAGGCGCAACAGCACCAGAGCAUGGCGGCUUGGAUGAACGGGUUGCAACGUGAGGCCAUGAACAGAGCCAUGGCCAACCAGCAGAUCAACCAGAACCAAUCCAUGAGAGCUGCUCUGGGUCUUCACGGCAUCGGUGAUCCUGCCGCGCCGGUGAAUCCCGCAGAUCCUACGCGCGGAAGGGUUAGCCCCGCGAACCCAGAGACGCACACGUACAUUAGGGAAUUCGUCUUGCCAAACGGCCAGCCCUACCGUAUGGCUGUCAAUGAGACGCUCACUGGGGGCUCAUUGAAUGUUAACCAGCCGGGAGGCCAGGGGGGCACAGCGCCGCUAUCGGCGGUGGAUGUGCAGAACAUCUUGAGAAGUGCCGAUGCUGGCCAAGCAACUCUUGCAAUGACGAACGCCAUGCAAAGAAGUGCCUCGGGAGCGUCUCUUGCUAAUGGCUCGUCCGUUGGCGUCACCACCCCAUACUACCCGACGCAAGGCUCAAGGGCCAGCAGCAGAAGAGCCACACCCGAUCCUACUGCACGCUCAGUUAGCGGUGGCAGCGGACAUUCUGUAAAUAUACAACGGCAGGCAUCAAACGGACCUGACGUUUACGUUUUGAACUCACCCCAGGGGCCACGUGCUCUUUUGUUUAACAACAACAAUUCCGAGGCAUACUACACGCCUAGCGUUAGAAUACCUUAUCAAACCUCUGCUGCACUCCAUCAGACAGCAUCGGCUCUGGCUAGGAUGAGAGGUCGCCAGCAGCACGUUGCAUGGCCUGGACCUUUUGUUACACCUCCGGCACCACAAGAAGAGCAACAGCCUGUACACCCAGCUGAACCUGCUCAGGCAGCGCCACAACCAGAUGCGCAACAACCUCCUGGGCAGCCGCCUGUCGUGGCCGUGCCAGCUCAUCCUAACAACCCAGGCAUCGCUCCGUUAAUUGCGCUGCUAUGGCCGCACUUUUGGCUAGUGGUUAGACUUGGCUUAUUCGUUUGGUGGUUUACCUCGCCCAACGCGAGCUGGUCUAGAUGGUUCACUGUCAUAUUCAUUGCUGUCAGUAUAUUCGUCUUGAAUACAGGACUGCUUAACAAUGUUUUCGACCAAGCUGUGGGACCGGUCAGGCGUCAUAUGGAGAAUCUGAUCCCCCUGGUCGCCCCGAACAAUCCUAACAACCCUGUGCGACCAAGGGAGGAUCAGGCCGUAAUUGGAGCCAACGGUCAACCUGAUCCAGUGCGCGCCGCUGCCAGAUUGGUUGAUCAGCGCAGGCACAACAACGCUAACUGGCUGAUGGAUCAGGUACGGCGGCUUGAGAGAGCUGGCCUUCUCUUCCUUGCCAGUAUCGCGCCAGGUGUAGCGGAGCGUCACAUUGCCCACCUUGAGGCUGAGGCUCGGGCUGAGCGUCAACGACGAGAGGAGGCAGAGGCAGCCGCGGCCGCGGCUGCGGCUGCGGAGGCUGCAAACGCCGAGAACACGGAAGGACAAAACGACGAGGCGACUGGGAGUGCAGGACGCAACGAGACGGAGGAUCAUGCCAAUGAGACACAGGAGGCGCAUGGCGAACAGAUACGGGAGGAGGAGCAGCAGCAGCAGCCGUUAGUAGUGCUGUGA